AUGGCAGGAAAGUUGUGGCUGCUGGUUGUGUUGGAAAUCCAAAGUUUUGACUUUGUUGUGGAAGAAGAGCCAAAGGCACAUGUGUCCUUCAAACCAAGCCUGGCCCAGCAACGGAAGUGCUCCAAUUGCACCACUACAGCUGUGGAGGGCAAUCUUGUGGUGACCUAUGAUGUCAACAGGGAUAAAAAUGCCGGAGAGCUGGAGAUCUUCAAUGGGUAUUUUGUCCACUAUUUUGCUCCCGAUGGCUUGGAUCCUCUGCCAAAAAACAUCCUGUUUGUCAUCGAUGUCAGCGGUUCCAUGUGGGGAAUAAAAAUGAAACAGAAAUUCUACAACCAGGUUUCGACUCCACUUCUCAAAAAACUGGACUUCAGCUAUCCUAAAGGCUUGGUGUCUGAUGUAACCCAGAGCACCUUCCAACAUUAUUUUGGAGGGUCAGAGAUUGUGGUGUCAGGAAAAGUUGACACUGAAAACGUACAGCAUUUACAGAGCAUGGUAACAGCCACAGCGUCCAACACGCAGUUAAUCUUGGAGACUCUGGCAGGUGUUGAAGAACUGGAUGAGUUCCUGGACAAGGAUAAGCACGCUGACCCCAAAUUCACGGAAAAGUUGUGGGCCUACCUGACUGUCAACCAACUCAUGGCGGAAAGAAACGUGGCCCCUUCUGCUGCCAUGAAAAGGAACAUCACCAAGGCCAUCCUGCAGAUGUCGCUGGAUCAUCACAUUGUGACCCCCUACACGGCUAUGCUCAUUGAGAACCCCGAUGGGGAUGAGCUGAUGCUGGCCGACUCCCCGCAGGACCGCAAGAGAGCCUGUUGUCCAGGUGCUCUAACCAUUGGGCAGCCCAAGCCGGAGAAGCCCAUCUCUGCUUGGACUCGGCAUGGCUCACAAUCAGCCCUUAGGGGUCCAACGGCAGCAACUAUACAUACAGGGCCCAUAGUUAUUGGCCAAGAACCAACGGACAACUCCAUUCCAUCCUGGGCGAACCCCACAAAGAAAUCGGGAGGUCCUUUACCUGCUAUCAUGGGUCCAACCUCUGCCAUAGAUGCAGGAUCUUUAAAUUUAGGGCACCACAAGUCUGGUAACUCCAGCAUCUUGUCCAAGAACCCAGAUGACAGCAAGAGAAUACAUUCAGUGGACAACGAUCCCCAUUUCAUCAUCACCCUCCCAAGGCAACAGAAGAACAUCUGCUUCAAUAUUGAUUCUCAACCGGGGGCCAUCCUGAAUUUAAUUUCAGACGUGGAGUCCAGAAUCACAAUUAACGGGGAACUCAUUGGAGCCAAGAAGUUCUUGCAUAACAAACUCAACACCUACUUUGGCAAGAUUGGGUUUAAUUUUGAAGUGAAAGGCCUGAAGGUUGAAGUCAGUCCCGAGGCGAUCACCUUGAAGGAUGGCUCUUCUACCACGUCUCUUUCCUGGUCAGAGACAGGAAGUCUCAUUCGGAGGAGGUUGCUGGUCUCGGUCAAGAAAGAGAGCAACGUGACUCUCACCGUAGACGGGGACCUGACAUUUAUGGUCCUUCUCCAUCGGGUUUGGAAGAAGCACCCCGUGAAUGUGGAUUUCCUGGGCAUCUACAUCCCUCCGGCAAAUAAUUUCUCCUCCGCUGUGCAUGGCCUCAUUGGUCAGUUUAUGCAGGAACAGGACGUGGUGAUCUACAAUGAAAGACCAGGACAAGAUCCCGGGAAAACUGAUGCUACCAUGGAAGUGAAAGGCCACAAGCUGACCGUUACCCGAGGCCUGCAAAAGGAUUAUCGCUUGGACCGUGUGUUUGGGACCAACGUCCAGUGCUGGUUUGUACACAACAACGGCAAAGGGUUCCUUGAUGGCCACUACACAGAUUACCUUGUCCCUAAUUUAUACAGCUACCUGAAGCACUUCUGAAGGCUCACCUUUACAGCAGGGCAAGGAAACUGCCCGAAUGGCCACGCAACUCACCCUGUAAGCAAAUUCACACGGGCAGCAGCCUUUGGGAAGAGCUUCAUUGCGGCCUGUUCCAGCCUAACAUUAUGCACGUUCCCCCUCC